AUGUAUACUCCUGAUCCCUCGACCAUGGCCCAUUCAGAGGACCCGUCCCCUCCACGGAUGGCGCAGGACCUCCCCUUGUUCGAGGUCGUUGGCAGCUCCGGAAAUCCCCUCAAACAGCCAGUGCAUGUUACAUUACCGCCUACUGCGCGGACAACUACGCGCCAGAAGUCCUUACCAACCUCCCAAGCCCAGAGCCCACUCACCUCCGAGCUCACCUCCGAGGGUCAGUUGCUAGCUCUCGAUAAUUUCUUCGGUCCAACGCCACAGCAUCCACGAUCGGUGGAUCUCGAGAAACAGAGCGCGGAACCUCUCAAUAUUUUCGCGAAUCAGAAAGAACCAGAAACGGUUUCGAAAUAUUUAUUUUAUUACGGAUUUGUAUUCCCGCCUUUCUGGCUUUUCGGUGCUUGUAUCUUAUUUGUGGCUCCCCGCUCAUCGGCAGACUCUAGGCCUGCGCCGGCCGAGGUUACAGGGGCCGGUAAUCCAAGGUCUUCGAUGUUCAGCCAGGGGGGCACUGGGAGAAGUCGACGUCUUCUUUCGUUACAUAUGCAAGUCACCGAGCGCCGGUGGAGUCUUAGGUGCCUGUACGCCUGGAUCACCCUUGUAAUUUGUAUCGUGGGUCUGAUCAUCGGGCUUUGGGCUGGCCGAGUGGGUUCGUUUGCGGAUCGUUGA